GUCCAAGCAGUUUUGAUCCUCUGGCCUUCUGUGGUCCCGGCUCCGUGGCGGCGGCGGCGGCGGCGGCGGCGGUGGCAGCAGCGUCUCCGUGCCGGAGGCGCACGGGGCCAUGACGUCAGCGUCCACAAAGGUCGGAGAGAUCUUCUCCGCGGCGGGAGCCGCCUUCACGAAGCUUGGGGAGCUGACGAUGCAGCUGCAUCCCGUGGCCGACUCCUCCCCCGCGGGUGCCAAGUGGACGGAGACGGAGAUAGAGAUGCUGAGGGCUGCUGUGAAGCGGUUUGGGGACGAUCUUAAUCACAUCAGCUGUGUCAUCAAGGAACGGACAGUGGCUCAGAUAAAGGCCACUGUGAAGCGCAAAGUAUAUGAAGACUCUGGUGUCCCCCUUCCAGCUGAGUCACCCAAGAAAGGGCCCAAGAAGGUGGCAUCUGGUGUCUUGUCGCCUCCUUCAGCUGCCCCUCCACUAAGCAGCUCCAGUGUCCCUGAGGCCGGGGGUCCCCCCAUAAAGAAACAGAAAGCUGAUGUGACACUCAGUGCUCUGAACGACUCCGACGCCAACAGUGACCUGGUGGACAUUGAAGGGCUAGGAGAAACUCCUCCAUCCAAGAAACUCAACUUCGACCAGGACAGCCUGACCCUGGAUUCUGGCCUUCUCAUGACCUCUGCUGAACCUCCUCUGCUGUCUCGCUGAGCCUUCCGCCUCUGACCCCUCUCAGCGUUCACCCUGGAGCUGUGGGUCACCUAGGACUCUGGCCAAGGCCUACGUGAGAGAGGGUCGAAAGACUGCCGGGGCUGUCCCCUUGCCGCUCCUGUAUAAGCACCUGCCCCUUACCCCUUCGAUUUGCAUCUGAUGGACACUUUUAUACAGAGAAUAAUAAAGA